AGCAGCUGGCGGCCGCCGCUGAGGCCACUGGCAGAGAGCCAGCCGCCCACGAGCGCACCGACAGCAGGCCAGUCGCCCAAAGAAGCAUCGCCAGCGCAGACGUCGCCGUCACCAGUCGCCAGAAACAUGACUCCACGGCAGACAAGAGUUUUUCCGUUGUUUGAAUAUCUUACUCCUAAUGGGCGCUUUAUUCCAGGUCUUGCCAAAAAUAGUCAUUGUUGUGGGAAGGAAAACAUGUUUGAAAUCUUCGUCGGUGCAAGGAUAGUCGGUGGCGAAGUGACUACUCCCUUCCAAUAUCCAUGGAUGGUGGCAAUAGUGCUAGCGGCGGAUGUACCGACCAGGACCGAAAUGGGGAAGGAUUUCGCGAAAACAGGAGCGUCGGAAAAAGAAGAACGACACAUUUCUUUGCCGAUCUGCGGUGGAGCGCUACUGAACGAUCGAUACGUGGUGACCUCUUCUGAAUGUGUCGCUCCGCACAGUGCUGCUGACAUCGUAGUUAUGCUGGGAAAGUUUCUUUCAUCGACAGACCCAGAACGUUAUACAUUCAAUGUAGUACAGAUAAUUCGUCACGCCGACUUGAACCCAAGCACGAAGGAGAACGACAUCGCGCUACUGAAGAUGGAAACAAUACUGUCUCUGCCACUAGCGGUGAACUACCUCGCUCCCAUCUGCCUGCCGCACAGGUCCAAAUACACAGAUGAAAUAGUGACUGUCACCGGGUACGGGUUCCUUAGCGACAUAGGAGAGCCGAGUAGCACUCUCAGAACAGUGGACUUGCGAACCAUCAGCAACAGCGAAUGUGGCGACUAUCUCGGAGAAGACACCAUCGAGAAGAGCAUGAUCUGCGCUGGCGCCAAGAUUGUCGGGGAGGGCGGCGCCGGCCCUUGCACGUAUGACCUCGGCGGUCCACUGAUAAUCAGGACGUGGUAUGACCGUGACCGGUUCACGUUGAUUGGUAUCGCCACCAACCGCACCGGCUGCGGCCAGCCUGGGGUGCCGGCUGUCUUCACCCGAGUCUACUCGUUCCUGGACUGGCUCCUGGACAACAUGGAAGAUGCCGUCUACUGCUGAAUGCACGGACGUCGUGCUCGUCCAGUGGCAGAGUGAUGCUCGAUCUUGUGUGCCGCGUUCGAGGAGGAGAAGCCAUUACUGUCGUGCGCCAGCUCUGGUCGGACGAGACGAUACGGCUCUGCUUGGCAUAUCGCUCGUCUUUAUCACAGGUUUUUGCUGGUCUUUUUUUAGAAGCAGCAGUACCUAGAUCAAGCAUAUAUGCAGUUAUGAGGAUUUGCAUUGUGCAUCAAGACGUGUUUAGUUGUUCUUUGCUUGUGUUGCAUGUACAAGGUGUACGCUCAUUUCUACCUCAUAAAUCUAACAGUACCCGUUGAAGUGUCAACUGGCUGGAACACACUCUUUUAGCAGUGAGGAGAUCGCCUUCAAGAGCCUUUUUAAGCAUAUAAGGUCUUGCUUGCCUCAAUCUCUCUCUCAAUCAAUCUCUCUCUCUCCACGGUGAUUGAUUAAAGCGACAUCGUCAGAUCUAAAGGAAAAAAAGCUUGUUUCAGCCCUUGUUUCAGCCUGAAGGCUUACUGACUGAGAUGCCGAUCUCACAGUCUUUGCCGUUAUGCGACUUUGAU